AGGUGGCGCAUUUUAGUGGGGAAACAAAGGCAUAAUGUACAAACGCCUAUUUACAGAAAGAGCUAUUUUACACCAUUCAAAAUGGAAGGAAGGUGCUGUUCAUUGAUUUUUGCUAAGCCACUAUACAGUAACUACUUUUUAUUUAAAAUAAAGUCCUUCGCUUUCGUUUAAUACCCCGCCCUCUUUAUUUCAUUUCCAAGGCAUACUGAGCAGACUUUGAACAGUUAACCUCGGAGUUUUCAUACCAUGUUAUGCUUUUCAAAUGUAUAUUGUUGAUGAGGAAGUGAUUUUCAAGAAUAAGGCCACUAUUGGUCCUGCAACACAUUGUUUCAAUAGACUGUUGCCGCAGUAAGAAUAAGUAAUUUUAUUUUAAAUAAACGGUCCUUUCAGUGAAUUAGUCUUUUCUUUAUGAGCAAAUGUUUGUCUUAACUUUUCGUGACUGCUCACAACUUGAAUGGGAAAUGUUAUCGGGUUCUCAAGACUUAAUUGAAGCACAUUAGCAUUUAAAUAAGUCAGCUAAAAUACUAACGAAUGGGCAAUCUGGCAGGUUGUUGAAUAUAUAAAUGAUAACAACUCAGUAAAGAGAGAAGAGAAUUUAGGACCACCCUGUUGGUCUGUGGCCGGGGUAGUGAAAUGUAAUUGUUUGGUUCAUCGACUGACCUGAUAGUUAGUAAUUAUUGGCUGACGCUGAGUAUGAUCUGAAGAAUUGUGUUAUUUAACAAUUAAUGAAUGAGGCUGAGUAUCUUAUGAAGAAUUAUGGAGAUCGAGGAGGGUGUUACGGCCUCGAAGGAUAACACCCUCCGAGAUCCCAUAAUUCUUCAUAUGAUACGAAAGCCGAAUUCAAUAAUUGUUUUAUUAUUCAUUCAAAAUAAUUCCUAGUUUAAAAACCAAUCUAAAACAUGCUUACGUUCCAUCGAUGUUAAGUUCACCUUCGAUAGUGCACGUUUAGGGUUGUUCAGCUGAAUUUCAGCUCCGCAAAUAUUCUCCAUUCUAUAAUUUCCCCUAGUUCUUACUCUUGAAACGAGUGAAAUGGCCGCCAUUUUUUGUUUUCACAACCAAAACAACUCAGUCUUGUCCCCAGGUCUUCUCGGUUAACGGUGCAUUAACUUGCACGAACGCUGCAUUUUUGACGUCAUUUCCUCGUUAAAUACAAAAUUCUUCCAAAUUUGGUCAUCAGUAACUGGUUAAGGUGAAUUAUGCGUGUGCUUUUUGCCAUUCAAGAUCGCGGAAAUAUUGUGAAUGAAUAACAAGUCCCUUUUACUGGCAAUAGCCUGUACUAUGAAGCCAUUUUGUCGCAUAUUGCAAACGUCUUCCAAAUUUGGUUAACGCUAGCUGGUUAUGAACAAUUAGCCGAGGGAUUUGAGCAAACUAGAGAAGGAGAAAUAUUUUGAAUAAGUAUUUAUAAGGUGAAUUAGCCGUCAUAAGGAUAUAAAAUUAAUAAACGGGAUCUGCAGAAAGACAAGGCUUGGCUAUUGUUAAAAUUGACCAAUCAGAAGACCGUCCGCAGAAUUUUGAGGGCUGGCUUCUGAUUGGCCAAUGUUAACGAUUGCAUAAAUUUAUUAGCGAGAAAGCGAGAAGCUAUUUUAGUAAAAAAAGGUGGCGGGCAAUGCAAGAUUGAUAAUGGUUGCUUGCUCGGCCUUGAGGAGAAAAUCGUCCUGCACAAAUUACUCAGUAAACAUCAUGACGUCAUGUACAAGAAACUCGCCGUCGGGUGAGGAGUAUUGCAGGUGCACCGAGACACCCAAGGCGGGAGACUAUACUGAGCCUACAAUGCUUAGCUUUUCAUUUCUCUCUCUUCUACAGAAAGGUUCACUGUUCUGGUAUCGAUAAAACCUGGGGGAACGGAUGAAGGGUUUGUAAGCUCUGAUAUGUCAGGAGACCAGGAAGGAUCUGUUGUGGCAGAGUACACGAUUGAUGUUUAUAAGAAAGGAGCCAAAGCAAACCAAUUAAAUGGCGAAAAGAACCCGCCUGCAAAAGCAGGCGUAAUGAUUGUCGGAGCACUACUUAUGGGAAUGGUAAUUUUAGCCUUUAUAUUAAAGGUAAGCAAUGUAUACCAAACACACAAAAAAAACCAAACAAACAAACAAAUAGCCUGCGUAACAAGCGUUUCAUCGCGAGUUCGUCGACAAAGUUGGGACGAGAGCAAAAAAAAAGGGAAUGACGGGGGAGGGGGAGGUGCUCCCGCUCUAACUCUCGCGCAGUAGUAACUCGAUUGGAAACGCUUGCUACGCAAGCUAACAAACAAAGAGUUGAUAAACGGCGUGAGAGCGAAUUUUUAGAAACAUAAUAGGACACUUUCACUUUUCCCAUAAUGGAAAUGUGGAAGUGGAGAAAUUUAAAUCGGUUAACAUUUUUUCCUCAUCUGGUGCACUGGAAAGUUUUAACGGUGUUAAAAACGCUAGUUGACUUACUCCAAGACAAUGUGGACGAAGUUGUGGGAUGUUUAGAGAAAUCGGUUUGUUUGUUUGCUUGUUUUUUUUUUUCGCAUAACGUUUGGUCAGCACUAUUUAACAUUCUUUAACUUUUAAUAUAGAUUCUUCACCAGACCUGGGUGCGCAAACGAAAUUCCCCUGAGGAACACUUUGAGGCGUACCUGAGGAAAAAAUCGAGGAAAAUAAAGUCUGUUUCUUUGGCGUCUCAAGAACAGAGCAACAUCGCAAGUGCUAUGGUACUCAUAUUUGACACCGAAUAUGACAGUAGACUGUGAGGAUAUCUGAGAAUACAAUUUCAAUACAGUGGGACCCCGUUAAUACGGUUACCAAAA